AUGGCUUGCCGGCGGCCGCUGCCGGCUGCUGGCGCAGGCGGCGGGGGCGCUGGCCGAGCUGCGGGCCGCCUGGCGUGUGCCCCGAGGGGCCGCCGGGGGCCUUCGAGGUCACCGGUGUGGACCUGCGCACGCGGGCCUACGACCAACGAGCAGCUGCUGGCCGAGCUGCGGCGCUACGAGGAGGCCCAGCAGCGCGACUGGACGGAGGCUGCCAGCAGAACUUUCGCGUCCGCCCGCACCUGCCUCGAGAAGCUGGCGCACGUGAACGCGAAGGACGUGCUGGCGCUCCGGGAGACGUGGACGGAUGCCGACACGGACCUCCUGCGGAGGCUGCCGAGGAGCAAGAAACGAGCCACGCACAUCGAACCUGGGCGUUGCGGUGAAUUUUGA